AUUUAUAAAAGCUUGAGUAGCUGACCAUACCACAUGUUGCCGGUUUGGCUAGGAUAUCCCAAGCAAGUGGUUCACUUUAGUUUGUGUUGGUUAGCGGGUGUAGUUUCCUGGCAGCUAGGCUGGUUUUAGACACUGCUAACACAUCACCUGCUAUGGCUUUUGGGUUUUGCUUUGGUGUUGCCUUACUCUUGUCAAUGUGGUCAACUGCAGAAUGUGCAGAUAUUCCCAAUGGAGUUUAUCACAUGGAGUGUCGUGAUCGAUACUUCAUGAUAACUGUUGAUCUCUCCUUCACUGGGGAGGAACUUUACUUUGAGGCUGUUGAUGGGACAGGCGUGUACCACAUCACUGAGCAAUACGCAGCAAAGUGUGGCUACACUGUCAGUGUUCUCCCUCUGCAGGGCCACGUGGAGCUCCGAGCCUCUUACUUUAGCUGUCACACUGGCAACAAAGAUGAUGAAGUGUUUACAUUCAACUUCAACCUGAUCGCGACAAAUGACAGACAGAAUGUCACUUACACCUUUAACGAGACCUGUUCUCCCUCCCUCCCCUGGUCCCCGAGAGAGGUUACCUGUGAAACAAACUACAUGGAAGUGUCUGUGAGGAGUGAACUCAACUGUCCAUCUGGGACAAUGAAAGAUGACUGGAAUGCCCUCAAACUGGCACACAGCUCCACCACUUCAGACUGGCAGGUGAUGUUUCAGAAGGGGGAGGAGCAGCUGCCGUCCAUGAACCUCUCUGAAGCUCGUAAGCGGAGCUAUCUGUUUGACUUGACGGAUGGAAGGCUGGUGUUUCGAACGCCGUAUGGACAACCUGACUCCGUCAGCACUGAGAGUCUCUCUCUCCAGGUGAAUGGUGUUCCAGUAGAGGUGGUCCAUGCAACUCUGUUCUCCAGACAAAGCUGGGCUGUCCUCAUGGUCGACCUGGUGGCUGCUUGCUCCAUGCAUGAUGGAUCAUUUGACAGUGGCUACAUGGUGUGGGAGACUCCAGAGGAGCUGUACCCCAGUCACGAUAGCACACAGCUCAGAGUUGGACUGAAUGGUGACCUGGUGGAGCAGCCAGUUGCUGAGGAGAGGGGCUACAUGGUGGAGGAGCACAACAGCACGGUCCAGAUCAGCAUCCCUUGUAAUGCUGAAGGAACAUACAGGAAGAGCUUAAUCACCGGUGAGCUCUAUGAGUUUUACAUCUUUCACCUCUACUUGGAACAAAUCCUGAUGGACGAGGAUGGGGUUGAGACCAGGCUCAGAUGUCAGAGGACGCUGAACACGCCCCUGCUGCCGCGCCCUGUUCUCACUGAAAACCAGACGGUUCUUGAGGAGCACACGUUCACCGUCUACCUCGGGGAUGUCCCUACAGACGUCAAGUUGGCUGCUGUUCAUUUGAAUGGACAAGAAUUUACCGUGCCCUUCACGAAUGCCAGCCGCUACACAAUCACACAAGUUGAUCUUAACAACACUCAUGGCUACACUCUGAAGGUGCCUUUUGAUGACCCUGCGGUCAUACAGCAGUUCUCUAAAGAAGAUGCAGUUCUUCAGUAUAGACUGGACAUCAACUACACACUGACGGUUUUGCCUGAGAACACGACUUUUUAUCACAUGGGAUCUGUUGUAGCAGUGUUCACAGAUGUCUCUCCUCCAGCCUUUGCCGCUGUCUGCUCGGAGUCUGGGAUCAGCUUCAAGCUGGACCACCGGCCUUUUGACUACCUGUGGGAGAUCCUAAUUGGAUCAGACCUGCUGACAUCAGAGCUGGCCGCCCAGCACGGCUACAUCAUGACCAACAACAGCCAGAGUCUGCUGCUGGACGUGCCGCUCUUCACCCAUGGCUACGAGUACAAGGAUGUUACUCUGAAGGGGUUCUCUGGCACUUUUGAGAUCCUUGUGCGGGAUCGUGAAACAUCAGAGGUCCAGAGCUCCACUGCCAAGACUUGUCCAUUCCCUUCUACUGAAUUCAUUAUGUGUUCGACUGAUGGGAGGAUGACUGUGGUCGCUGACUUUUCUCUGGCCAUCCCGAGUGGAGGAGUUGCUGCUAGAACAAACCUUGUUGACAGAUACUGUGGACCAAAAGAGGCUGACGGCACCAGGGCUCUCUUCUCUUUUCCACUCAACAGCUGUGGAGCCACAGUCAAGCUUGGCAGGGAAAAUGUGACCUAUCAAAAUGAGAUUCUCUACACAAAGAAGACCCAAAAUUCCAAAAGGGUGGCUUCUGAUAAUACUACGAGGGUGAUUAUUCAGUGUACAUAUCCUGUGGCUGGUCUCCAUCGCCUCUUCUCAGUGUACAGGUUUGAGUCCGACACAGUCGGGUACGGCAGCAUCAUCCGAACGACGCAGCCCACAGCAGGUCUGCAGAGUCCCACUGUCAAACCCACUGCAGCACUGAAAACCACACCUGCUGCCACAAGACGAAGAGCACAGGUUGCAUACCUGCCAGCACUGCACCCACCUGCUCGAUACAUUAAAGUUUCUCGCGGUGAAUUUCUCUUUAGUGGCAUGAGGAAAGGAGCACAAGGAUCAAUGCAAACCAAAGUAGAUGCUGCCCAAAUCUGAAGGAGGCAUCUUUCUUUUUUUAAAUGCAAAACUUGUAAUAAAGCAGGUUCUUAAAACUAC